CCAUGGACUUCGGCAACAGGCGCGUCCACAACCGGCUGGGUCCGGCGCCAGGCGCCUCCUCCUCCUCCUCCUCUUCCUCCGGGAAGGUCUGCCACCACUGGCGCGCCGGGCGAUGCAACCGCUUCCCCUGCCCCUUCCUCCACAGCGAGCUACCCGAGGCCGCCGCCAACCCCAGUCGCCCCAACCAACGGGACGGCCCCGGCGCCGGCGGCCACGUCUGGCGCAACCCCAACUCCGGCGGCGGGCGCGGCGGCGGCAGCGGCGGCCCUAACAGAUGGGGGAGGGGCCCCGGCGGCGCGGACGUGGCCCCGAGGAACAGGGUGCAGGACCGGCCCUGCAAGUACUUCCUCGCCGGAGACCACUGCAGCUACGGCGAGAGGUGCCGCUACCCGCACACGUACUGCAUGAGCAACAGCAUCACGCUGCUCACCCCGCUCCAGGGCCACGAGCAGGUUGUAACGGGGAUCGCGCUGCCUAAUGGAUCAGAUAAGCUGUAUUCUGGGAGUAGGGAUGGAACCGUGCGCCUUUGGGAUUGCCAGACUGGGCAGUGUGCCGGUGUCCUCAAAGUGGGGGGUGAGGUUGGCUGCAUGAUCAGCGAGGGCCCGUGGGUGUUUGUUGGAAUGCCUGAUGCUGUCAAGGUUUGGAAUAUGCAAACGCAAGCAGAAAUGAACCUUACUGGGCCGACAGGACAAGUCUAUGCGCUCGCAGUUGGCAAUGAGCUACUCUUUGCCGCAACACAGGAUGGAAGGAUUUUGGCAUGGAGAUUCAGUGCAGCAACAAAUUGUUUCGAGCCGGCUGCUGCUCUUGAAGGACACCAGCUUGCUGUUGUUUCAUUAAUUGUAGGAGGCAUGCGGCUGUACUCUGGUUCAAUGGAUAAAACUAUUAGAGUUUGGGAUCUGGCAACGUUGCAGUGCAUACAGACUCUCUCUGAUCACACGAGUGUGGUUAUGUCUCUACUGUGCUGGGAUCAGUUCCUAUUAUCUUGUUCUUUGGAUAAAACAAUAAAAGUUUGGGCAGCUACAGAAAGUGGAAAGUUAGAAGUGACAUAUACACACACAGAGGACAAUGGAGCACUUGCUCUUGCUGGCAUGCCUGAUGCACAAUCCAAACCUGUGCUAGUAUGUUCAUUAAAUGACAACACUGCCCGGCUCUAUGAUCUGCCAUCGUUCAGUGAUAGGGGCAAAAUAUUCGGCAAACAGGAAAUUAGGGCAAUACAAACUGGCCCUGGUGGUUUAUUUUUUACUGGGGAUGGAACUGGUGAGCUGAAGGUUUGGCAAUGGGUUAUUGAUGCCUCCCAAACCUGAUGCAUAUAGUGUAUUCUAGAUUAGUUCCCAAUGUAUGUUAUGAGGGUUUUUUCAAAGAUAUGCACGAGUUGAGGUGUGGUUUGAUGGCCAGUUCAUUUUUCUGUUAUAUCCUACAUUUAUUCUCC